AUGCCGAAACCCACCAUCAUCCAAGCCCUGCUAGGCCGUCCGUCUCAGCAUUAUUCCCUUCCCCAGCAGAAGAACUACCACUACACAAAGCACGAGCUUAUCCGUGCCGCCACCGAAGAUCGACAUGGGAGUUCCUCAGCUCGGCGCCCUGUCGACCUCACCGUCGGCCUUACCGGCGACACUCUCGACGACGACAGCGAGGUCUAUUACACCCCCUCCUCGUCUCUCGCCCCCUCGCCCCAGGCAUUGACCGUCGUCGAAGCCAUGUUGCUCGAACCUCAAGCACUUGCGACUGCCCUUCUUCCCAUUCAUGGCCGGCCCAAACUCAAGUCCUCCAUAGCGCCCCCGACGCUCUCGCGGGAUUCGUCCUUCGACCUGGACCUGGACUUUGCAAUAACGCCCGGUCCAUUGUCGCGCAAUUCCUCAGAGGAUGAGCCACCACCGUCGGCAGUAGUCUCCCGGUCCUCUUCAGAUUCUUCCCUUCAUCUUCUUCCGCUCUAUCUGUGUCUCCUCCUGUAUCUGACCAAGAUGUGCGUCAAUCUUUGA